AUGGGAUUUUACAGUGACUUUAUGCUUGUGCCUACCGGCCCCAAAACUACGACUGCCACCAGUUCGCUCGUCAGCGUCGAUGACCUGAAUCAAUACAACCUCAACGACAACGUCAAUAAUACCUACCAGACUCCUAUUCGGAAUGAUUUGGUACCAGCCUCAACCGCCAUGGAGCGUUCAACCACAUCUCCUCGUCAGGAGAAGUCUCUCCUUCUCCUGCACUUCCUCUGA